AUGAAAAGCAAGAAGCAGUCAUUCAAGCUGCCUGGCUUGCGCAGGCGUUUCUUGUGUUUGUGGAUGUUUGUGGUACUCUGGAUUGUGGAGCAGCAGAAUGUGUACUCCUCACGCGCAUCAGGUAGAAACGCCGCCGAGGAUGAUGCAGAACUAGAAACCACCGGAGGAGUACCGGACGACACGAUGGCUAGGCUACAUGACGAACUGGCUGCCCAGCAGGAAAUGGUGGAUCCCCAGCUGGCGAGUUUACAUCUGACAGAGAAUCGAUGCCACGUAAUUGCUUUCACUGUGCUUUUCUUGAUCUUAGUAAGGGCAGUUGUACUUCUCAGGGGGCGAGAGCGCAAAAAGAAGGCGGAAGAAGAAGUUAAACCCCCCAAAGAGAAACCCCAACCGGAAGGGGAAGAAAGAAAAGAAGCAGAAGAAGGAAAGCCUGUGCAGGAAGAAGAACCUUCACCGGAACAGCUAGUUUCGCAGCCAGAAGAACCUGCGAAAGAAAUACCCCUGCCCCAAAUGCCUACGCCAGAAAUGCCCGUGCCGAUACCGCCGCGUAAGCCAAAAGCGGAAGUUCCACAUGAGAAACAACCAGAGGAGCCUGGUGGCGAUGGAAUACCAGAUGAAGAAUUCGUGCAGAGGCCGAUAACUCGUACGAGGAGGACCGGAAAGCAGUUUGUCCGGAGGGCGGGACCUCCUACCACAGCCCCUCCCCAGGUGCAACCAGGUAUUGAAGAGGAAGAGGAAGCGGCAGCAGAAGAACACGCCCAACAAGGGACUCAGCCACCACCUGUAGGGCCUACUACACCACAACCUACCUUGCCACAGCUUCCAGAACAAGCAGCUCCAGGUCCAGCGCCAGGUCUGCCAGAAGAUGAGUACAUGGAGCCUUCUGUCCUUCCAGCCGUUGUCACUUUGCCGCCCCACGAAGCGCAAGAACCCACACCUGUCGCGGAUAUCCACGAAGAUAAGGAGCUGCAAGAAUUAAGGGCUCGGCGGAAUGUCAUCAGCAAUCUGGUGAAUGUUGCGAACAUGCUGGUAAAUGAAUUGCCGGGAAAUGAGGCACGGUCAAUUCUCGAUGUAUUAAAGGAAAACGUGGACACAGCUGAAAAGGCGGAGAGGGAGUACAAUGUUGCAAAGGGCCGCAUGGAUCCAAACCUUCCACUCAUUCGGAGUGAAGCCGUCAUCAAAAUGGGAGCGUCCAUUGGAGGAGCCCGCGAUGCUCUAGUGGAGUUAGUAAGUCUUGCAAAAUUCCACGGUCAGCAAGUGUAUGAGUACUGUUCUGAGAAGAUUUUUUUUUCAGACGCCGUGGGUUUGCAGACAGCUCUGGAUAAUAUGAUGGAUUCGAAUGCAUUCAAAAUAUCUCUCUUGACGCUGGGUAGGGUGGCAAGUGCUUCUAUAACUCUGAUACAUGAGAAUGAGGACCGGCUUAGAAUCCUGCAGUCAUUGGAGUUCGUAGACGAGUGCGGAGCAAAUGAUUUUGUCAAAGCUUACGCAGCCGUUGCUGCCAUGAAUUACAGGAUGAAAACCUUGGAACGCUUGUCUGCUAUGGACGGCGCGUUGAAUAGAUAUAUACUCCAAGCUCAUAAGGCUUGGCUGAUGGGAAAGCUGCAGUUUGUUCGCGUACCACGUGAGAUGGAUGCAAAUCUGAUACAGGAAAUCCAUGUGUUAUUGUCAAAAGUUCGCCCAGCAUCUGCGGGGCAGACAUCCUCUGGAAUAACAAAUGAAGAAAUGCAAGCUGUCAAAGAUUUGUUUCAGUGGCAAUAUAAGGAUGUUCAGGGUAUGGAAGCUGCAGAGGACGUCGAGGCUGCCACAUAUGCGUACCAACGCGCGAAUCAAGUUAACCAAAGGCUCAAAUCCAUACUGCAGGCGCAAAAGGAGAGGUUGAAUUCAGCUCUGAAGCGCCAGACGCUCAACAAGGAAGAGGCCAACGCUGCCGCUGAGGCUAUUGCGAAAAUUGCGGAGACUGUCGUCGGCGACAUCGAAGAUGUGCCCGAAGUUGAGUACAUGGAGCCUUCUGUCCCUCCAGCCGUUGUCACUUUGCCGCCCCACGAAGAGCAAGAACCCACACCUGUCGCGGAUAUCCACGAAGAUAAGGAGCUGCAAGAAUUGAGGGCUCGGCGGAACGUCAUCAACAAUCUGGUGAAUGUUGCGACCAUGCUGGUAAAUGAAUUGCCGGGAAAUAAGGCACGAUCAAUUCUCGAUGUAUUAAAGGAAAACGUGGACACAGCUGAAAAGGCGGAAGGGGAGUACAAUGUUGCAAAGGGCCGCAUAGUAUUAAAGGAAAACGUGGACACAGCUGAAAAGGCGGAAGGGGAGUACAAUGUUGCAAAGGGCCGCAUGGAUCCAAACCUUCCACUCAUUCGGAGUGAGGCCGUCAGCAAAAUGGGAGCUUCCAUUGGAGGAGCCCGCGAUGCUCUAGUGGAGUUGGUAAGUCUUGCAAAAUCCCACGGUCAGCAAGUGUAUGAGUACUGCUCUGAGAAGAUUAUUUUCUCAGACGCCGAGCGUUUGCAGACAGCUCUGGAGAAUAUGAUGGAUUCGAAUGCAUUCAAAAUAUCUCUCUUGACGCUGGCUAGGGUGGCAAGUGCUUCUAUAACUCUGAUACAUGAGAAUGAGGACCAGCUUAGAAUCCUGCAGUCAUUGGAGUUCGUAGACGAGUGCGGAGCAAAUGAUUUCGUCAAAGCUUACGCAGCCGUUGCUGCCAUGAAUUACAGGAUGAAAAACUUGCAGCGUUUGUCUGCUAUGGACAGCGAGUUGAAUAGAUAUAUACUCCAAGCUCAUAAGGGUUGGCUGAUGGGAAGCGAGUGCGGAGCAAAUGAUUUUGUCAAAGCUUACGCAGCCGUUGCUGCCAUGAAUUACAGGAUGAAAAACUUGCAGCGCUUGUCUGCUAUGGACCGCGCGUUGAAUAGAUAUAUACUCCAAGCUCAUAAGGCUUGGCUGACGGGAAAGCUGCAGUUUGUUCGCAUACCGCGUGAGAUGGAUGCAAAUUUGAUACAGGAAAUCCAUGUGUUAUUGUCAAAAGUUCGCCUAGCACCUGCGGGGCAGACAGCCUCUGGAAUAACAAAUGAAGAAAUGCAAGUCGUCAAAGAUUUGUUUCAGCGGCAACAUAAGGAUGUUCAGGGUAUGGAUGCUGCAAAGGACGUCGAGGCUGCCACAGAGGCGUACAAACGCGCCAAUCAAGUUAACCAAAGUCUCAAAUCCAUACUGCAGGCGCAAAAGGAGAAGUUGACUUCAGCUCUGAAGCUCCAUACGCUCAGCAAGGAAGAGGCCAACGCUGCGGCUGGGGCCAUCGCGCAAAUUGCUGAGAGUGUCGUCGGCGACAUCGAAGGAUUCUGGCGCGUUGCGCAUGAUGUUUAUGCACAGAUUGGCUGCAAGCCUGAAGAUAUUGUUUUUGGGACCGGCAAAGCGCUACUGCAAAAGCUGAAAACUAAGAUAAUGUCCAGUACUGGUGAGCAGGUAGAGGGUGCUGUGGCCGCUGAGAAUGUUGCCGCAGACGCUGUAAAGAAAUGGUUCUUCGAACAGUGGCGCAGAAUUGAAGGUUGGCGGUUGAGAAGAAAGCAGAGGUAG